UCAGAACCAGCAAGGCUGGCUGAAAAAACCUGUGUUGGGCAGUUUUUACAGAUCUGGCAGUGCUUUUUUCUUUAUAUUCUCGAUUAAAACAAUCCAGUGAAAUAAUGGCCCGAGGACACCAGAAGAUCCAGUCCCAGCAGAAGGCGCAGGAAAAGGCUGCUAAGAUGAAGAAGCAACAAGGCCACGGAUUGAGUGAUCAAAUGAAAGCCGCCCAGAAGGCGCUUGUGUUCUCAUGCUCCGUGUGUAAAUCGCAAAUGCCCGAUCCAAAGACCUACAAACAACACUUUGAAAACAAGCAUCCCAAGUGUGAAAUGCCAGCUGAAUUAAAAGAAAUUUAACCGGACCUCUUCGGGAAUGGUCGAUCCUACAUUGCAGCACACGAUGGAGGCGGAGAGAGAUACUGAGACACAUACAACACAACAAGGAACAGAUGCUGAACCGACAUAAUUCCGCAGGAUUUUUUAUAUUUUAAUUAUAUAUUACUUACGUUUGAAAUGAUUUGUAUGUAUGUAGGUACUUGUAAAUAAUUCCAACCGAAUAGUGUAAAGACAAUUCUGGUAGCGAUCGGAGAUUAUCUUCCCACAAUU